CCGGACGCGCGGCUCGAGACGAAUGGAGGCGGCGCGGAGGCCGCGGUUGGGGCUGCGCCGCCGGAGGCCGUCCUCGGGGGGUGGCCGCGCGGGGCCCCCCCCCGAGGACGGAGGCGAGUGCGCGCGGCCGUGGGCGGAGCUGCUGCGCGCUGCGAGAGCGGAUCUGAACCCCGACGGAGAGCUGCCGCCGCUGCCCGCCUUCCCCGGCCCGGAAUCCGGACGCGGUCCCGAGCGUGCCGCGUCCCCCGAGGUGUUCACCGUGGGACCGCACACCUUUUCCUGGACGCCCUUCCCACCGGCCCCGAGCGGAGGCGGGGGCUCAGGCCGUUGCUACAAGCCGCUCCUUGGGGCCGGGGGGCGCCCGGGGUCCCCCGCCCGGUCCCCGCAGCGAUGUCUGGGGCCUGAGCCCCGCGGGACCCCCGGCGCCCGGGAGCGACCGUGGGAGGCGGCGCCGACCCUGCGGACCUGCCCCAUGUGCCAGACCGACUUCGCCCCCGGGCUGGCCCAGCUGGACAUCGACAACCACCUCGCUCAGUGCCUGGAGGAGAGUGCAGAGGACGUGGUGUGGUGACUGACCUGCGUGAGCCCCGCGGGCACGGAGGCCCUGACUCCACCUGCCAGAACCGUUUUGGAAGCUGCCUAUUAAAAAACGUGCCCGUGUGGACUGCUGGCGUUGUAGGUAGUUCGUCUUGAGGCCGAAACACAGGAUCCUUUCUGGCUUUCGGGAAGCAGGGUGCUUUCCUGGAGUCAGAAAUGGGCAGAGCCCCUCGGCGGGCGGACCCAGGCUCGCGCAGAUGAGCGGAGAUUCUCGUGAGCGAACUAGGCAUCUGUCCCAAAGUCGGCCAUGUCUCCAGACAGGUGGACAGGCGGGGGACACUGCAUUCUCCCGCCUCCGCGGACUCCGCUCGCACCGUGUUUUAAUUCCCCGGAUGAACUUGUUCCUUGCACAGCGCAGACUGCUACAGGGUGAAGAGAAUCACUGUGAGGCACCCCGGACCUCGCCGACGGGCAGCAUCUCCUCCAGUGGGGAACUUCGGGGCAGGGAACGGGCCAGGCGCCACCGGCAGUGGGCAGGCCAGUCUGCCGGAACAUUCUGCACCAGCCCUGUGUUGUGGCUUCCAGGGCAAGUGGAAAAUGGGGCACGAGACUGUAUAGGUAGUUUUCCUUCCGGUGCUGGUGGCCCACGGGCUCUGGUGACCUCUUCGUCCCCACCACAGCCACGUGGCUGUAGAGCACCGGCAGCAGGAAGCGGGUCACACAAGCCAUGGAAAGACCACGGAGGGCCCGGGUGACAGACACCACUCUGAAAAGACUACAUGGGACAGGACUCCCAACUGUGGGAGCUUCUGGGAAAGGCAACACCACGGAGACGGGAAGAAGACCACUGGUGGCCAGAGGAUGGGGAAGGGGCCCGAAUCGGGAGCCCGGGGGUCUCGCGGGGCCCAAAGGUACUUUGCAUGAGCUAAAGUGGUAGAUACACGUCCUGAAACGUUCUGUGCCAACCCGCGUACUGCCCAGCACCGAGACGUACACGUGGCACCCUGGAGACGAUGCCUCGUCCCUGCAGCCUCUCGGAGGGGGAGGGGGACCACGAGGGUGGGGGGUGCGUGGGGGGCUCUGCAGCUGCCCCGCCAUUUUCACGUGAACCUGAAACUGCUCUAAAUAAAGCCUGUUUUUUAAAAAACCGCUGCUUCCUAGAAACAUCCACUGCUGACAAAAAUAACAGCAAGUGUGUCCGCUACAGCCUGUGCUAGAUGGGCAGAGUCCGACGGCCUGGGCCCGAGGGCGGCAGCAUCGUCUGCAGGAGGCAGGCGGCCAGCCGCACGGCUCGCUAACCGCACAGACCACACGGGACAGCGCGGCGGCUCCAGUUUCCUCGGGCCAGCAGGACGCGCGCCAUACGGGGCCCAGAGCUGUUGGCAAAUGUCAGGACGGCUGUCUCCGAGCCCUCCUUCAAUCUGUCCCGCACCUUAAUUUAUACUUUGGCCACAAGCAGCACGCUGCACACGUUCGCACGUGAGCGGCCACGCUGGUAACUGGGAAGCCGGUGGCACCGUGGCAGGGAAAUACGUGCUGUAAAUGGGGACAAAUCCGGGACCCCUGCAGACGUUGUCCUUGUACCCACUGUGGCAGAUGGCCCCCAUCAGGACGAAGGGGGCUCUCAGGGGACGUUAUCCCUUUCCUGGGCACGCUGGGGGUCUCACCCUCCCCAGGUGACAUCCGCUCGUCCCCGGGCGCUGCUCACCAGUCAAGAGUGACCGCGUGGCCCUCCGACAGGAGCCGUGCUACUGGACGUCACCACCGGCUGUGACACUGAGACCCCGAAGUUGGCUCCCGCAUCUGCUCUGCGGUCCUGAAUUUCGGCUUCGGAGGCAACACUUCCGGCUUGCGGUUGAGGUGCUGGUUGGGGCAAGUGUCCGUGUCGUGUAAAGGCUGCUCUGCAACCGGGGUGGGAGGGUCCAGAGGCCACGGGCGGCCGGGGGCUGUGGGUCGGUGGUGCCUCGCCCUGAGCACGCGAGUCGGCUCAUCUGCCUGAGUCAGGGCAGGACGGGGGCACUGCCACGCAGGUGCCCCCUCGUUUCCACUUUUCCUACCACCAUCUCCCGCCCCAAACCCCCAGCCGCGGGGUGCAGAGGCGAGCCCCGGUGCGCGGGGGAUGCGGUGCGUGUGGUGACGGAGCACAAGUGGGCAGAGGGACACUCGGUGUGUCCCGCGGGUGGAAGAGGAGCCCUCCCACGCCCUGCCCGGGGCUCGAGCCACAAGGAGCGUGUUAGAGGCGGCUCACCUCCUUUUAGAAAACCUUCAGUUUGGCAUUCAUCCAAGGAGGAGGGUGAUGGGCGCAUGCCACCUGGGCAGGUUAUGGGGGCAGGAGGUGGGCUGUGUCAGGAGCGUGCGUGUGGGUGUUCCAGACUUAUUCCGUAAGCGGACGGCCACCCACACAGAUCUGUUCAAACUUCCCAAUUCUGAGCAUCAUUAUUACUGAUACAAAUAGUUUAAAAAAAAUUUAAUACGUAAGACAUCAUGUAGGCGCUGCUUAGUGUUUUCAGAAGUAUUUUGUGCGAGUUUAGUUCGAUUUUCUCCCUUUUCUGUGGUCUUCAGGAGCUUCGGGGAGCAGCGUUAGAAUCUAGGAUCCUGGCCCCUUGCCAUCCAAUGCCCCACUCUGGGUGAGGCGUGCCCUCUGCAUCAGCCUGCACCGCUGUUCAAGCACCUACGUGUUAAGGGGCUCAUGGGGGGCUCGGUCGGUGAAGGGUCCGACUUCGGCUCAGGUCAUGAUCUAGCUGUUCCUGAUUUCAAGCCCCGUGUCAGGCUCUGUGCUGCCAGCAUGGAACCUGCUUCGGAUUCUGUGUCCCCCUCUCUGCCCCUCCCCCCCUCACUGUCUCUC